AGGGAGAUAGCAGUGACAAUGGCACUGGUAAGAGUGAGGUACUUGAACUGCAUGGCGGUGCUGAUGGUUUUGUUUGCUCGAUGAGACUUGGCCUUUAUAGGGUUCUCCUUUCGAGUUCUAAACUCGAAUUUUCUGCAGGAGAUGAAAAUUCAUGCAUCGGAUUUGUGUUUGUAUGCCGCCAAGACAUAAUUUUCCGACCUUGGUAUUGUGCUUGGUACUUACAGGCAAUGUGCAUGAUGGGUUCUCCCUUGAAACCAGGAUGAAAACUCAAUGCUGCCAAAUUUUUGGAAAGGAGAAGGACAUGUAUGCUGAUGGUUUAAUUUAUGUCUUUGUGUCGGGUAAUUUCAAGAUUGCUUGCCACCUGUGUUGGCUGAGUACUGCUGGAUUUGGCUUACAGCAUGAACCUGUGUAUGCCAAGCUGCCUUCAAUUCCUUUGAAACUUUAACCCCAUUUUAUGCAUCUAUGAGAUUUCCUGCAAGUUACUUGUCAAGAGCUUUCAUCCUUGCCCUUGGUUUGAAAAAAUGCAAUUAUCGAU